UUAUUGAGUCCGCGGAUGAAGCAUCGCUCGAGGCAGUCCGCAAAACUCGUCUAGUUCACGACAUGCAAAGCUCGCGAUACCAAGGACGUAAAUCACCGCACGGCCGCCGCGUUUCCUCUUUCUCGUCUGAUAAGAUCAUGAAACUCACACGUGUCAUCGACCACGAUGAUUGCAUCAAGCAGCCUCGUCUUAUUAGAUCAGCGUUUUCGAAUUUCACGGAUUUCGGCAAGCCGAGCAUGGGUCGGGGCUUGCAGAGGCAGAGCACGUAUACUUACUACGUGCGGGGCAACCCGCUUACCCGCUACAGGGUUGAGCACGUCAGCGUUCAGGGCUUCUUAUCCUACAAUCCUUACGGCUACAAAACUGAUCAGCUCCAGAUGCUCACUAACCAGACGCUGCUGCUGGAUUCGGUGGUGCACGUAGAGCGCGUCCUGCAACCGCACGGACUCCUUCGCGUGUUCCACACCCUCAAGCACGAGGUGCUCUCUCCCUAUCCUGAGCCAGCGAAGGAUCCUGAGGACUGGAUCAUGUACACUCCGUUCACCGCACAAGGCAUCCAGUCUGUGUAUUGGGAGGAAGCUCUCACAGGCAACAGAGUUCCUGAGCAACUGCUACGCAAGUAUCAGCAAGACCUGAAAAAUCAUGUGAAAAGUAGCAUGGAGAAGCUGCGCAGUCCCACGACGGUGUCUGCAGCAACAGAACAAACAGCUGUAAACGGCAGCUCUGCAGGCGAGGCUGCUGCACAGCUGCACGCUGCUGCAAGACUUGCUGCAGCUCUGCCAGUUACUGCUCUGCAGCAACUCUGGCGCGAGGUUGCGGAGGAUGAGAAGCAGGUGUUGCUGGAGGUGUUCGCCAGCAGCGGGUCGGGCCCGGCAGGGUCGCUGGUGCUGCGGCAGCUGACGCCCAUGCGGUCCGUCGGGUCCGCUGCUGUCCCCAAGACCCAACACGCGUCCCUGCUGCUCGCCAUGGCCUCCAACAUCCCUGACCCCAGCCUGGCCCGGCAACUCAUUCAAUACCUACACUCGGUUGACCUUGAGGAUGACGUCAUCGUGGGUGCCAUCGUCUACGUGAGCGGCGCCAAAAUCCUGAAGGGGAUGUGCAGAAACGCCACCAUGGCCGUGCCCUACCCGCUGUACGGCCAGCAGCAGUGUCCUCUGGACUACGUCGUCAAGAACUUCGCUGACUACCUGCUCGACAGGAUAAAGAGUGAACGUGGAGGCUGGACAACGCGCGCCACUCUCAUCCAGACAUACGCAACGCUCGGGCUGCACGUCAACACGGAGACGCUAGCGAUGAUCGGACGUACAGACGUCAACCGCAUCGCGCGCACCACCGCCAUAUACGCGCUCAGCCCGCGCUACCUCGACCAAUCCUACAGACAGAAGGCUAUGGACAUCGUCUUCCUCAAUGCAAUAGACCCACAUAUGGGCCAGGAGGAGCGCCAGUCUUCUCUGGUGGUGCUGCUGGCCUGGAGUCCUGAGCAAGUCUACUGGAAUGACCUGGCUCUGUACACCUGGUCUCUGAGAUCCAGGCCCGUGGCCAGACUUAUUUACAGCUUCAUGCAGUCUGUUGCCAACAAUCCUGCUAUGGAUCCUAUUCAAAGCACGUACGCAGCGUCAGCGCUGCUGCUGGCGCGCCCCAUCAAGACUCCGCUCGAGUCUUCCUUUAGUUUCCAGUGGUCGACAGCUCAUGCCGGCAAACAGCUGAAGCUGGAAGGACACCACGGGUGGCUUAAGUUUCCCCCAGCAGAGCGAGCCAGCCAGAUGUACAGAGCGGUCAAUGCUGCAGCCGGUCACUUCGACUUCAACAUCUUCGAGAUGGCAACGGGCUUCAACCACUAUCCUGGCGUAUCGUCAGUCAUGGAUCAGUCAGAGUCGGUCAAGCAUGGAGAGGCUGAGCAGUCGCCGGAAAUGAAGCUCCUGUUGAAGUUGUUCACCUCGGAGGUCUUCUUGCCUGUGGACUUCGCCAAGUUCGGCAUUGGUCCACACUCAUCUUGCCCGUUGUGCGAGUUGUUGUGGUACAAGAUGGGACCGUGUGGUACUGGUGAGGUACACGAGUCGCUGCACUUCAGGGAGCUGGCGUCUGUAGAAGCAUUCCUGCCUAACGAGAUGGGUCUGCCUGUUCUGGCUGAGCUGCUGAGCCCCACUGUGCUGUACACCAACUCGUCCGUGUCAGGCUCCUCGUGCCGCCAGCCCUUCACUGGCAACUUCAGCCUCAACACAGACAUCAAACUUGUAAGCAAAGUGAACUCGGUGCUGCGUGUGAUGGUGCCCUGGCUGGGCAGCUCGCUGGCCGUGGGUAUAGACACCGAGAAGACGCUCUCUUUGCCACUGCAACUGCAAGGAUCUUUUGAGAAAGUUUACAAGGAAUCAAGUGAUUCUGAACCUGUACAUGGCCGGAGUGUGAACUCUGCGCGUCUUCGAGAACAAGACGAGGAAGAACAUGGCGCACAAUGGACGUCACGACGUGCAUCUUAUCGUGACGACGAAGAUGGAGAUAAAAGUUAUCAGCUUCCCCGUCGACUUUCUUUGCAGCUCGACAUUCGACCGUCUCGUCAGGACGAGAUACCCGUUGUGUUCGUUCAAACCGUGCCACUCAUCGUCAUCAAGCCUCUUCGUCCUGGCAACGAUGUCACCAAGCUGGAAAAGUUGCACGUCAUCAGAAAUGUGAACACGGAACCCAUUUUACAGACCAUAGACCUCGGCUCCGAGUUGACCGGCAACAAAAUAUCCUUGUCAUACGAAGGCGACUCGUCGUCUCCGUUCUCUUACAAGAAGAUCAUCGAUUUCGUGAGGUCGCCGGCUGAGGUCGUCACGUUGUUGGGGGCGCGCGACGCUAAGUUCGAGCGCAGCGUGCUGAGCUUAGCGCCUGCCACCGAGUCCUCUACGAGCGUCCUGCUCACGCUAGAUACCAGCGGCUACACACCUAUUGACUCCUUGGCCGGCCAAGGGACGGAGUGUCACAUUAACAACGAAGGACAAUUGGUGUGCCCGUAUCCUGCGAAGGUCACAGUGACAGCUCAAGUGAAGUUCCCAAGCGGGAGCUCCAUGAGCACCGAGCUGACAUUAUACCAACCUGCUCUCCUAGACCAGCUCUAUAACUCAAGCCUCAUGGCCAUCACUUUCCAGUCUUCCGGCAAAUAUUCAUCUAAGGUGCAGAUACUAGGCAACCUGACGCGCCCCGUGCCGCUGUCGCUGCCGCAGCUCUCUGAGUGGCUGGCCGCUGAGCGCUGCCUCAACGCCUCCGCCAGCCUCGCCGUCUACACCGGACAACCGCAGCCUGAUCUGCCUGCUGACUUCACUCUCCAUGCCGUGGCGGGACUGACCCCAGAGCGGUCACAGCUGCUGCAGCGCAAGGCACAGUCUGCCUGCGCCGCCGACCUCCUCGAGCCCAGCGUCGCUCUGGACGGUCUGGCGGUCUAUGAUCUGAUCGAUGUAACAACUACUAACCCUGGUAAUUUGAGUGUAUUCUUGACGCCGUGCUGGCGAGCGAUCAAGAACCACUUGUUUGCUGUGAUGUAUCCGAACGUCGAGCCUGUCUACGCAUCCAGCGACGAGGACACGAGUCAGAGCGCUGCUCUGCACGCCAAUCGAUCACUCUUGACGAACGAGUGGAGUGCGGAAUGUCGCUUCUGCAGUCCAAACUGGCGAGCCUACGACUUGAAGACUCCAAGGAAUAUCGAAACUUCAAUUUUCGCCCUUGCGAAACAGACGGACUUUUACAACGACCACUCAAACCAUCUUGACAUGACUGGGACACCUCUUGAAUCAACUGGCGAUGCUUGGGUGGACAUAGAUACAUUAGGACCACAGACCUAUCAUAACUCACACGACUCAGAUUCUACCACCGACUCUGCUCCCCAAGGAACGUGUUUCACAGACAAUGGUAGCAUAAGAACUGCUGAUGGUUUGUCUUUCGACAAAGUUUAUACAAGUUGCUACCAGCUUGCCGUUGCCCACUGUAACCGGGAGCCUAAAUGGUACGUCUUCACGCACCUCGAUCCUCUGGCAGGACGCGCAGACACGCGUUCUCCAUUCUUCCGCUACCUGGACGCAAACUUCGACGUUGAUGUGUAUCUUGGCUACCGCACCUUAUCUAUCAACGGAGUGGCGCCCUAUCGAAACACGGGGGUUUUCCCUAUCAUGCAUCCCGUGAAAAAACAUGCAAUUGGUUUGUGUAGCUCCAUCAACAACGGGGACUUGAUUUCAUGCACCAUAGACGGUAUCGUACGUCUGACAGUAGGGCGCGUCGGCGGCAACGUAACGCUAUUGGGCGACGAUGAAGUGUGCGGCAUGUGCGGCAACAACAACGGCGACCCGACGGACGACAACAUCGGCGCUCACAUGUGCCGAUACUCCGACCUCUCCUUGAUGGCUGCGUCGUGGACAAAAGACAUGUCGUGUCCGUGGGUACCGGAUCUGGAGGCGCAACUGAAGCUCGUACAAGAGUACCAAAAUGGACCGAAGUGCUCGAGGGCAGGCAUUCCUAUUCCCUGGAAGUUCCCCGAGUUCCCAGACCUGCCGGACGCUGCCAGAUUAUCGCUGUCCACUCCUGGAAUUUCGUUCCCCGUGCGUCCAGAUGAACCGAAACCCGACCACGAUUCAUCGUCUCGACCGUUUCCAAUUUCGUACACCUUGUCCGCUGUAGGCGAGGACGGCAGGCAAGUUUGGAAGGAAACACCAGAAAUGGAAGAAAAUUAUCCGCAUCUAAAUCCUGAACCAUCAACUUUUGUACAACCAUCGAGAAAACAAUAUCCAACUCGCAGCCAAUGGGCAUCGCAAGGAGACCCUUUAUAUGAAAGUGAAAUCGUCCCAGAACCUGAACUGCCGGCUCAAAUUGCAUCAGAAUUAGACAUGAGCGUAAAGCAGACGCCACACGCUAAGUUAUCAGCAAAUACUGAUGAUACAGACGACUGCAUCAUCACAGCAUAUCGAGUGGAACAAACAUACACGCUGCCCGUCGAGAUAUUGGUCGCCCUCAACGCUACGCAGCUCUGUGAUACCAAGAAAUAUUGCAGCAUGACAGAAGGACAACUCGUUACUGUGAACGCAGCAAAGUAUAAAUACUACGAAGCUCCACCUGACGUUUACCACGCCAUGCGCUGGGGCUACAUGACAGAGCUGCCGGACACCAGCGGCGGUAUGCUCACCACCAUGGAGCAAUACGUCGCUCAGUCCUGCCGUAAGAGAGAUCCUUGAGCAGUAAUCACUUCAAUGCCCGACUAAUCACGGUGAAAUAAUCCUAGGUCUACUAUCGCUUCAACCACGGUGAAUAUUCCCAAGGUCUGAUAUAUAAAUCGCUCCAACCACACUGAAAUAACGUCCAUGUCUACGAAAAUAUUAAUCAUUUCAACCGCAAUAAAAGUCUAAUGUUUGAUAUGUUAAGCGUUUUGACUACAAUGAAAUAUCAAAAUUUACGGAUAUUAUCAAUGUUGAUUCAACUUUAAAUAUAUGAUAUUGAAAGUUUAAUUAUUAUUAAAAACACUUUGCCCACUUCAUUAUUAAACCCUUCGCCCACGUGUGCAUUCCGUGUUGUCUACGCUCUUUUAACAUGAGCCCGCUAACUAGCUUUACUGCCAGUAGAGGAAGGACAUCUCUUGCCUUACUUUUAAUUAAUUGAGAGACCAAAAAUACCCAGCUGGAUUGAAUAGGAUGAGUUUUUUCUAGAAUAAAGGUCGAGUUGUUUUGAGAUUAUAUUUUCUUCAAGU